AUGUUUGCUAAUACUGCGCAAAUGUGGAAAUGGAAACCUUGCACAUAUUUAUACGUACACGCACGCUCCAGCAGUGCAUUCUUCCAUCAUCCUCUUUUCAUAAUGUCCUUGUCACUAGCGCUUUUUACUACUACUGCUAUUUCCCUUAUUAUACUCUCUCUACCUCCGCCUAGGUCUCACAUUUUGCCCUUCAUCUUGUCGGUCUGA